AAACAGUGUGACCAGACAUCCGCCCAUAUAGUUUGUUUUUUUUUUCACCUAGCAGAGAAACAAAAGAAUUGACAAUUUAGCCGCAGAUCAGACGACGCAAAUCCCAAUCCAGGAUGAGGAGCGUCGAGGAGAUCAAAGCGGAGUACCCGCUGCACUGGCAUAUCUGGCACAACGAACCGGAGCAGCUGCAGGCGGCCAUCGACCAGAACGAUAAGGAGAAAAUCGAUCCCCGCGGCCGGACGCCACUGAUGCUGGCUGUGAGAUUGGCCAAUUUGCCAUGCGUUAAAUGCCUUCUGGCGGCCAAAUGCAAUGCCACCUAUGAGCACGAAGGCUGGUCCAUUGUUCAGGAAGCCGUCUGCACCGGCGAUGUGGACAUACUGACGGCCAUCAUCGAAGUCCGGGAUCUCCAGCGUCAUGUCCAGCGGGUUACGCAUGUGCCUAAGCUGCUGCAGCACCUACUGGACGCACCCGACUUCUACAUCGAGAUGAAGUGGGAGUUCACUUCCUGGGUGCCUCUGAUGUCGCGUCUCUGUCCAAGCGACACCUACAAGGUCUACAAGCGGGGAGCCAAUGUCCGGAUAGAUACCACCCUGCUGGGCUUCGACAACAACACCUGGCAAAGGGGCAAUCGCUCCUACAUCUUCAAGGGCGCCAAAGAAACUGCCACGAUGAUCGAGAUCGAUCACGAUACAAACGAAGUCAUGGUGGAGGAGAUGAGCAGCGAUAUCGGUGAUAUUGUGGCCAUUCCACCAGCCUUGGGCACCGUGAGGGCGCGUCUCAAUGCCCCGGUGAUCACGAACAACAUCGAGAUGGACAAGAUUAGCUUCGAGCGCAACAAGUGCGGCAUAUGGGGAUGGCGUAGCGAGAAAUCUGAGGUGAUCAACGGCUACAACUGCAAGGUGUACGGGGCCAGCAACGUGGAGUUUGUUACAAAGACGCGAAUGGAUCACCUUAGCGAGGAGCAAAUCAAGAACAAGACAGCGAGGACGCCACUGCAUAGCCUGCUGGGAAUUGCUGAUGAGGACUAUGUAUCCCCCGCUGAUGCGGCUGCGGCACUAAAAGAUCGCUCACCAUCGCCCCGGUUGGAGGAAGCUUCCAACGCUGGAGUCGAAAAUGGUGGUCGAAACUCACCAGCCCCUGGAAAUCAGAGCAACGGAAGCUCCGCCUGUGCGUCAGGCACCUGUACUCCCAAGUCUUCUGUUACUCCGGAGGAGUAUUUCACUCAGGAGUUUGAUCUUCACGGAAGGGAUGUAGGCGGUCCCAAGAACCUGAGCACAAAGGUGCAGCGCUUUAAAGCCAACCUAUGGUUAGCCGAGGAGCACCCUAUUCGACUGCAGGAACAAGUGCUUCCCAUUCUGGAUCUCAUGUCCACCAUGGCCAGUCCACAUGUGUCCAAGCUGAGAGACUUUAUCACCAUGCAGCUGCCUGCUGGUUUUCCAGUCAAAGUGGAAAUCCCGCUCUUCCAUGUUCUAAAUGCCUGUAUUACAUUUGGAAAUGUAUUUGCUUUAACCACGCCCGUGGAUAACGUGGCCACGCUGCAGGAGCAAGAUCGUGUCACUUGUUUGGUCGAUGAUCGCUGUUUCGAUAUUCCAGCUCACUACACAAACAGGGGCAGCGAUGUCCGUCGUCAAAUUCCUCUUGACGAGGAUGACAUGCUACAGUAUGCAAUUGAGCAGAGUUUGGUGGAAACAAGCGGAGCCUGUGGCGUGGACGCCCGAGACGACGACAAGGUGGACAUCUGGGAAGUGUUGAGAGGGCAAAAUGUCGUGGGCUCCGAUCUCCUGCCAGAAGAUGACGAGCAGCUGCAACGAGUCCUGCAGGAAUCACUGCUUGGCGCCCAUGCUAAUCUCCAAAGCGGUUCGCCCGCCUCCGACGAAGACGACGAUGGAGGCUUCCGGUAUGUGGAUCCCGAUUUGGCCAUGGCCAUGCGACUGUCGCAGCAAGAGCAGAGAAAGUUCGAACUGGAGCGGCAGCAGGAGCAGGAGAUGAUCGAGCAGGCGCUGAAGCUUAGCCUGCAAGAGCACUAAUAUACUACCAGCAAUUCCAAAUUGAAGUUAUAUUGAUUUCAAGUGUAACCUUCGGGCUAAGUUGUAUAAAUAAUACGAGUACUUUAAGUUACCCUCUCUUCCUUCUGCGCCCUGUCCUUGUUUUGAAUUGUGAUACAAGCGGGACGCAAGCGGGAAGCAGUCGCCUGGUCUCAACUCGUCCACUCGCAACCGAAGGAUCCACCCUAUAUAUACCAUGUAUCCAAAGUAGUCCUCGUAGUUGUAGCUUUUGCAUUGUAUCUGGCAUCUAUUAGAUACUAUCUUAAAUUUAAGUGCGUGUGGCGUCCGUGAGAAAUGUCUUAUAUGCGAUCGAUCCGGUUAGCCACAUGCUUGCGUGUCCUUAAUCUGUAACCACUAAUCACCAUUAUCCGUAAUUUAUACCAAUAAUACCCACUCACACAUCAUGCGCAUGUAAGCCGACACCUUUUUGUGUAAAUGAAGAAAAUAUAUGAAAUAAUCAUCAGGAAAACAA